AUUUGAGAAUAUAAUCUGCGUUGGAGUUGAAAAGCGGAGUGAACGCACCGAAUCCAUCGCAGUUCGAAUUUAGCCAUCGAUCUGAUUCUCUGAAGAUGGGGAAGGACUCGAAAUCGAAAGAAGCAAAGGGUAAGGGAAAGCAAGCGAGUGGAAGUGAUGAAGGUGGUUCUAAGGGGAAAGGCAAGUCUGGGAAAGGUUCAGAUGGGCUUGGAACGUGCACCUAUGUCAAAGCGAGGCAUGUUCUGUGUGAGAAGCAAGGGAAGAUCAACGAGGCAUACAAGAAGCUACAGGACGGUUGGUUGAGCAAUGGAGACAAGGUUCCUCCUGCUGAGUUUGCAAAGGUUGCAGCAGAGUACUCAGAGUGCCCGUCCGGGAAAAAGGGUGGGGAUCUUGGAUGGUUCCCUCGGGGUAAGAUGGCGGGUCCAUUCCAAGAAGUUGCAUUCAACACCCUGGUCGGAGCCACCAGCGCUCCUUUUAAAUCUACGCACGGAUACCACAUAAUCUUGUGCGAGGGAAGGAAGAACUAAAACAUAGAUCCAUGCUUCUCAUAAUGGAGUUCUUGCUACUGUAACUUAGAUCCUUGCUCUUAUGGAGUUCUUGCCCAAAUAUUUUCAGCUUUAUGUCUUUUUCUUUUCUUUUCUUUUCUUUUCAAGUUUCAACUCUGUAUUUAGUUUUAAAUAAUGAAUCAGGUUAUUCCCAUCAUGAAACUUGGGAUUAUGGUCAUUGCCAGAGAAGGAAACAUGAAAUGGAAUGAUGAUGGAUCGUUUUGUUA